GUUCGUUUUACCUACGUCGGUCUGUGGUCGAGUUGUGAUCAUUUUGAUUUUGUUUGUAAAUUAUUGCUGGUAAAUAAUACCUAUAUUUGCAGGAAAAAUGGGUAAAGACGAUGUUUCCACUAAGAAACGCCGUAAGUUAAAUACAUCAACGUCCAACGACGCUUCUAAGUUGACACCGGCUGAUGUUUAUAAGAAAGUUGUUGAGUUUGAAGAAUCAGAGGCUCAAAUACGCUCUGCUGAAAAAGAUGCUGCUUUGUUUAAAAAGAUAUGUCAGGAUAUGCGGCAGAUAUUUUCUGAUGUUGCUGAAUUAAAGGCCAAGGGUACUGAUGAGGGAAAAGAAAAAAUAAAUGCUAAAAGAAUAGAAGCAUCCUUACAGUUAGUUGCUUUAAAAAAACUAAAUAGACUGGAAAAAGUCCGGACAAGGGCUGGGAGAGAUGCCUUGCACAAAGAAAAGCAAAGAGUGGACUCUACACACUUACUAUUGCAGAAUUUAUUAUAUGAAGCUGAUCAUCUUGACAAAGAAGUAACAAAAUGCCUACAGUUUAAAUCAAAAGAUGAAGAAAUUGAACUAGUUCCAUUAAAGGACUUUUACAAAGAUGCACCAAUUGAGAUUUCACGCCCAGAAGUGACAAAAACAGAUGAGCAUCAGCUGCAGUUAGCAAGGCUUGAAUGGGAACUAAAACAGCGUAGAGAGCUUGCUGGAGUAUGUAGUGAACUGGUGGCUUCAAAGGAGCGGGUGGCGGCCGCCAUAGCAGCUGCUCGGUCAAGGCUAGAUGCCCUGGCUCCACAUUUGCGAGAUGUGCUCAAGGCCACCAAGCCUCUACAAGAGUGCUUGGCUCUGAGGCUAGACGAGAAACGUGAUGAGACACAAGCUGCAGCACUUUUACCUCCACCUUUGUUCUUGCUCUAUGCCAAUGCUGGUGCUUAUUCAGAUGCCCUUGGAGCUAAGAAUGUUACUGUUGCUAUAGCUGGAGAUGAAGAUGAAGCGAGAAGGUUGGAACAACUUACAAAUGAAGAGAGUGAAGUAGUUGUCUCGAACGAUUCAGAUUCAGAUCAGGACAAUAAUGAUGAAGAUCAUAGAGACAGCAAAAAGAAGAGACAUCAUAGAACUGCCAAAAUAUCCAAGGAGGAGAGAGCAGAGGCCAAGAAGAAGGAGGUACUUAAAAAACAUCCACUAAAUGUUCAUGUAACUGUAAAGAAUUCAGAUGAAACUGCAGUCGACUUGAUCUUUUCUUAUAUGAUACAUCUAAAGAUUGUAGUGGUUAAAUUUAUUAUGAAUGUCUCAAAGCCUAUAACAGGAGUGUCUGCCGCUGAUGUUUUAAAUGGUGAUUGCAUUUUGAAUGAGUUGUAUGUCGGCGAUACGGGCUGUGAUUCACCACACCCGGCCACUGCCUACUUGCUGAAUGUUGCAGGAAUAUCUGAACAAUUUUCACAUUUCAUCUCAGAAAUUGGAAGGCCAUACAUAUGGGCUCAAAGAAUGUGUGGUUUAGAUUUCAUGGCUGUUAUUUCUGAUAAAGAAAAAACUAAUAAAAACAUUCAGCCCAGUCAAAGCCUCAGUGUUGCAAGUGUGGAAAAUUUUAUUUUUACUCUGAAAAAGAGGCUCAAAGCUAGAGUGGAAUUAAUGAAAGAACUUCAAGAUUUGGAAUCUGGUAAAAUUUUACCCAGCAAAGGUGUUGCCUGUCCUGUUAGGUUAUCUGGAUCCUUGACCCAAUGGCAAUCAAUAACUUGGCAUGAAUAUAGCCAAACGCCUUCAACAUCGUUCUUGAUAUCAGAAGGCGUGGUCUCUGACGCAAAUAUGUUAUAUCGCGCAAUAAUUACGAGGCAAUCUGCAAAGCUUGUCGCUUUAGUGGCUGUGAGCAGUGAUUACCCAAAGAGGGCACCUUUAUUUACCUUGACACUACAUUGGAAUGGAACUCAUAAUGCUCUGUCCAAUGAUGAUAUUAGAGACAUAGAAAGAGUCAUAAAUACAAACUGGGACACAAGUGAAAAGAUCCAGUGUACUCUGUCAUCACAAAUGAUGAAACUACUGACAUGUCUGGAUGUGCUUCUAGAGACCAUGGGGUCACCUGAGUUUCCUCCUGAUAAGGUAAUAUUACAAUCUGUUCGUGGACGUAAUAGGAUGAAGCCGUACAAAUUUUUAAAACAAGGUGCAGGAGUUUUUGUACAAUAUUAAACUUUGUGAAUCCAUGUCAAAAAUAAAAUUUCAUUUUUCAAA